GUCUUGAUUUUGAACAAUCUUGUAACAUGGCAAUUACAGGAAGGUAAAGAAGUACGCAAGUUAAUUGAACAAGAAUACAGAUCAUCAAAACGAAAUGAGGUGAAUUCUUUGGAUGUAGAACCUUAUGGUGAAGAUAAAAAAGGACGAAAAUUUUACUAUUUUGGAUAUGGUGCAAGAGUUUAUCGGGAGACUAUAACUCCUCAUAAAGGCAGCAAAUCUAAAAAAUACAACUGGGAGGUUAUAUCAACAACUUUAGAAGAUCUUGAAAAUUAUAUUAAUGACCCUAAAGAGUUGAAGUCGUCCGGUGGUAAAGAUAAAGCUUUUUACAACAAAGUGACGAAAGAACUCAUACCUGCUAUUAAACAAUCUAUUGAGGCAAAGGAGAGACGGGAAGCUCGAAAAUUGCGUCAAGAAAAACUAGCACAGAGAGUUGCUUUAUUACACGCGAAUUCUGAAGUUAUUGCUAGUCGUACUCGCAGUGGUACAAGGAGAGCGAUAGGUCUUGAACCUGACAAAAAAUCUGCAUCAACAUUAUCUUCUACCUCAUAUACUAAAAGUAGAUAUGACGAAGCUUAUAAUUAUUCUGCAGGACCACAUAUGACGCGGGCGAAAGCUGCUCGUGAAAGUGCAAAGCGAAAAUAUAUCGAUUAUGACGAUGAUGCCGACUCUCAAGACUCUUUAGGACGCCAAUCAACACGAUCAACACGAUCAACUCAAUCCAGUCUUGCAAGCAAAGUGGCAAGAAUCUCAACGAAUGAUUAUUCUCAACAAACGUCCGAUGAUCUUAGUUCACUUUCAAAUGGAAUUUCGACUGAUUUUAGAAUAGACGGAGAUGAGAUGAUUGUUAGUUCGCAGGAAAAAAUAAGUGAACCGAUGAGUCGAUCUGUUUCAAACAUUAGUCAAACUUCAUCCACUUCCAAAUUAUCUCGAGAAAUUUUUGCAACAGACUCUAUAACAUCGGUAUCGGAAAAGGCAGGCGAUGAUGAUUAUAAAGAGGUUUUUGGUUCAGACGAUGGUACUGAAUUAUCUGAGCCUGAAGAAGUUUUAGGCA